AUGAAGCCCGAUGAAUUCGAAAAUGAGCUGACGGAUCCGCCGGUGCCAAUUCCUGAAGAAAUAUUCGAUCGUGUACACGGUUCUAUGGCAGGCACAGCUUUGGGCGACGCUCUUGGUGCCCAUGUCGAAUUUAAGCCUCAACCUGCUUUAAUCGCAAAUCCGGUGAAAGAUCUCGAGGGUGGCGGCACAUGGGGACUCGAGAAAGGACAGUUCACCGAUGAUACAUCAAUGACUCUAUGUCUAGCAAUUUCUUUGGUGGCACAUCGAGAAUUUUUUCUAUAUGAUCAACUAGUUCGAUAUAAAUGGUGGUUUAAGAACGGUUAUAUGUCUUCUGUAGGCAGAUGUUUUGAUAUUGGUGCAUCCACUAAACGAUCUUUAAUGGAAUUUGAACGUCGUCAACUUGAAUACUCUAGAAAAUACAAUGUUCCAUAUGACCAAAUGGACCACUUGAAACCUUCUGAAGUUUUAAAUAAGUUCGAUGUAGUCUGUAGUGAAAAGAACGUAGCUGGUAAUGGUUCCUUAAUGCGACUCGCUUCUGUUCCGUUGUUCUUCCACCGUUAUCCUAAGGAAGCCGUUGAGUAUUGUGGACUCAGUGCAAAAAUUACUCAUGAUGAUCAGCGUGCUUAUGAUGCCUGUCGUUAUUACGGUGCUUUAAUUGCGGCCACUCUCCAUGGUGCGAGCAAAGAUGAGCUGCUCGACAACAAUUUUUAUUCUAAACAUAAAGACUGGUUCGGUAAUGAGGAGCUUCAUCCAGACAUAAUGAAUAUUGCGCAAGGAUCUUAUAAAAAAGAAGGUGGAUAUGAUCAAGGCAUUCGAGGCACAGGAUAUGUUGUUAAUGCUCUGGAAGCCGCUUUGUGGGCUUUUUGCUAUGAUAAGGAUUCGUUCGAAGUUGGAGCUCUUGCUGCAGUCAACCUCGGCGAUGAUACUGACACAACAGCGGCGAUUUAUGGCCAAUUAGCUGGUGCAUAUUAUGGUUAUAAUGAAUUAUGUUUCAUUGAAAAUGAUGCUGGUAGAUUUACUCGAUUUAAAAAUUUUCAAGCAUUUGAAAUAUCUAAUUUCGUUAAUUAUGUUACUAAUUGGACUCAACUAAUGUUGGUUAUUCAUGAGACUUAUGAUUAUCGUACACCAAAUACUCAAGGUACUAUAAUCUUUUGA